CAAAACUAAACUCCUUUGAUUUCCAGAGUCAGAGAUUUAAUCGUCGACUGGUGGUGAAGAUGUACGAAUCGGCGAACGUCUCUGACGACGCAGAUCGUACGGCUUUCCGGAGAGCAGAGAAAAAUUACAAGCUUUACUACGAACAAGACUCAAAGUUCUCGAGAAAGAAGAAGCUACCUAAACCGGUUGAUUUGUCAUCGGUUCUCGAUUUCAAUUCAAUUUCACAAGAUUUCAACAAGACCGGUGCUUUACCCGACGGAAUUAGGGUUGCAGAAGCUGAUUCCCAGGUGUUCUGCAUCGAGAAUCGUCCCGGGUUUUACUUUAUCCCUAAUGCGUUGAGCUUGGAGGAGCAGUGCAAAUGGAUCAAAGAGAGCUUGAUGACUUUCCCUCAGCCUCCGAAUAGGACAAACCACAAUGCUAUUUAUGGUCCGGUUGCUGAUUUGUUUGAUUCAGCUAAAACAAACAAGGUGUUAGUUCAGGAGGAUACUAAUAUAUGGAAGUUUUGUGAUGGUGAAGAAGCUAUUGCUAAAGUUAAACAACGAAGUUGCAAGUCAGUUUCAGCUUCGGUUCUGUUAAGGAAGCUUCGUUGGAGCACUCUCGGUCUACAGUUUGAUUGGUCCAAGCGCAACUAUGAUGUUUCUCUGCCUCAUAACAACAUCCCUGAUGCACUUUAUCAACUAGCUAAGACACAUGCCGCCAUUGCGAUGCCUUCAGGGGAGGAGUUCCGUCCAGAGGGUGCAAUCGUAAACUACUUUGGCUUAGGUGAUACCCUUGGAGGUCACCUUGAUGACAUGGAAGCUGACUGGAGUAAACCCAUAGUAAGCAUGAGCCUGGGAUGUAAAGCUAUUUUCCUCUUAGGAGGAAAAUCAAAAGAGGAUCCUCCACAUGCUAUGUAUCUCAGAAGUGGAGAUGUUGUACUAAUGGCUGGAGAAGCCAGGGAAUGCUUUCACGGCGUGCCCCGUAUCUUCAUUGACGAAGAGAAUGCAGAUAUUGGCGCACUUGAAUCAGAAUUGUCCCAUGAAAGUGGACAUUCUUUCGCAGAGUACAUCAAAACUUCGAGAAUCAACAUAAACAUCAGGCAAGUUUUCUAAGUUGCCUGAGUUCACCUGAUGUCGGCAAAAGUAUCUGUAUUAGCAUCGAGCGAGAAGAUUUUGAGAAGCAGCCCUCUUCCUCUGUUUCACUACUUUUAGUGUUCUAUGUUCUUAGGAUUCAGACAGAACUAAAGUAAGAUUCAUACACUAUGAGAAUAGUUUUGUGCUGAAAUUCUAAAAAUUUUAGACAAUUGUUAACAACUGUAUUACUAUCAAAGAAAGAAAAUCACUUUUAUAUA